AUGAGUGGACAAUUAGAGGCCAUCCAGACGGCUUUUCAUGAGGCAGGUCGUUCUUGGAGUUUGCAUGGCAUCCCGUGGCGCUGGAGGCGCUGUAUGUUCCUCGCAAGAUGUGUGAACGCUGCAGGGGCGAACCUGGAGGUGUUUGUUGUCUCUGAGUGGCAUUUUCGCAGGCUUGACUCGGCGCUGGUGCGUUACGCCAGAGUACGGAUGCAGGGAAAAACUUCCGAUGACUCAGGCGAGCACGUCAAACAUCUAUCGAACGAACAAGUCCUUCGGCACUGGAAGCUUGUCCCGACCAGCAUCGAGUGCAUAGUUAUUCGCACGAAGUGGCUGCAGGCUUGGAUCCGUCAUCCACUGAAUCAUGUACAGGAGGUUACAGUGGUUUUCGGACGGCUUGUGAACGAGGGUUUCGACACACUUGAUCAUGUCCCGGGCAAAGUUUCAAAGCAGGCUCAUCCGUGGGCCCUUGGGAUUGUGAAGUACAUGAGUUUCUCACACAUGCCCGCAACGACUGCAAUGCCAGCCUGGAUGGGCAAGAAGAUCCUGGACCCGAGCCAAGAGCCUGCGCACAAGAAGGCCAACAGCCAGAAGGACCAACCGUCCGCGGGCGCUGCUGGCAGCGGAGGAGAUGGCAACCGCCAGAACCUCGACAAUCUUAUCGAGACGGUGGCCAAGUUGGAGCUAUCGAAUUCGGCCGACCUGCGCGUGCUCAUGGGGGGCGCAGCGGGGCAUUCCAAGUUUCUUCGCGUGGAGCGCGCGAAGAAGAUCGAGGGCGAACAGGAGUUAGUGAAGGUUCAGUUCAUGGUAGAGGGUUCGUCGGAUGCGGCGGCAUUCAAGAAGUUGUUCGAGGAGAGCACGGGGAAGGAGGGCGUGAAGAAGAUGCUAGCGGUGGGCAUCCUGUCGAGCACCGAAGCGAACUUCGAAGCGAACCUCGAUCGAAGGGUCGGGGCCGCAAAGGGCGAGGAAGGAAACAGGGCGAAGGCGCAUGAGAACUUCGACUUUUCACUCGAGUCGCGCGAGUUCAAGGACUGGCAGGCCAUCAAGGACGCCGGCACGGAGCAACCGCCCAGCGCGGCCAGCUCGUCCGGAAGGAAGCGACAGCUGGACAAGACCCCAUGCGUAGAGACUCAGACUCAGGAGAUGCUGCCGCUCCUGCAGCCACCCCCGCCGCUGCUGCCGCAGAUAUUCGACCUCCUGAACCUGCCCCUCAGGGCCCGGUGCACCAGGGGGCACGGGCCGCUCGGGUUCUACGGGAGCAGGACGGGGGCCGAGACCCCCGGGCCGGGGAGCUACGACCCGUUCCCUUUCACGAACCCCGACACGCACAGGACCUCCCGGCCGACGCACUUCCCUGACCGCGCCCCGGGCUUCGUCAACGUGGUGGGCCGCCACCCGCUGGACGUGCGCAGGCCAGAGCCCUUCUCGCUGUCGCGCCGGCAGCUGGAGCAGCCGCUGCUGCGUUAUUCCUCUGCGACGUUCUGGCACUUCGCGGCGGACGGUCAGAGGAAGACCCCCGGCACGCUCGGCUACGCCACCGACGUCGAGGGGGCCUCGAGGCGGAACCUCUCGGGAGCGAGGUCAAGAUCUCAGCCUCUAGUUGGUGUUGGAAUGUCCAUGCAGGGUGCAUCCAGAUGA